AUGACAGAAGUGAAAGGAACUCCCAUCAUUAAAGGUUCACGAACAAUGCAAGUAACUGGCUUAUAUAAAGGAAGGGCAAUUAUUAUAAAAGACUCUUACAGUGUUAUAAAUAAGAAGCUUAAACUAUUUCCUGCUAUGUUUAACUUACAAACAGGACCGAAAGAAGUAUUUCCAUACAACUACUACAGCAGUGUUUUGUUAGCAAAUGACAACAGAACUGGUGUCAUUUCUGAAGCGUGUAAGUUUAUCAGGGAUGCAGAUACGUUCAUGAAGAACAUAGAUUCCAUCAAAGGUUGCAGAAUAGAUAAGAACCACUUCGACUUAGAAAAAUAUAGCUCAUUUUAUUGCAAACAAGAUGUAAGAAUUUUAAGAGAAGGUUUUGUUAAGUUCCGCAAUGACAUAUUGAAAGAAUUUGAUUUAAACGUUUAUGACUACGUUAGUAUUUGUUCUAUUGCUAACAAAUUGUUUGAGAACAGAGUAUACUUCCCGAAUGGAAAUUUAUAUGACCUCUCAAAUAAACCAAGAGAAUUUAUUUCACGCUGUAUUCAAGGUGGAAGAUGUAUGUUGUCAGAUAACAUUAAACAAAAGAGCGAAAAGAAACUCAUUGCUGACUUCGACGCUGUUUCAUUAUAUCCAUCCGCUAUAGCAAGAUUGUAUACUUUAGAAGGUAUUCCAAAGGUUAUGAAGAAAGAAAUGUUAAGCACAGAGUAUCUCAUGAGACAUUUAUUCGAUGACGACCAAAAGGAACCCAUUGGUGAAAAGUUUAUGUCUGGCUUCUUUGUUCUCAUUAAGAUAACAGAGAUUGGAAUACAUAGACACUUUCCUUUAAUAGUUUGUGACCCUGAACUAAAUCCAGAACUUAACGUUCCCAGAAGUUCAAACACUUGCUGUCUCAUGUAUGUUGACCAUAUAACAUUACAAGACCUCAUAAAAUAUCAAGGUGUCAAAUGUGAAGUGUUGCAAGGAUACUAUUACGAUGGAAACAGAGAUAUUAGAAUAAGAGAUGAAGUAAAGAAGUUGUUUGA